AUCUACCGAGAUUGAUACAUGUACAGUAUUACCAACUCCAAUUUUGUUAAACGUAGGUGGAAUAACAUGAUAUAUUUGCAGAUUAGAUAUCGUCAAUGUUGGUUUUCUCAUACACAUCAUUUUUAAGAUGUUAAGUUUGUUGAUGCUACCAUUGAUUGUAUUCGGCUACGAGAAUAUUGCUCUCAAUAAAUUCACGUGGCAAUUGAAUCCGUAUGAAAAUGAAGAAAUUGCAGACUAUCUGAACUCGUCAAAGGCAGUUGACGGAUUGAAAACAAAUCUUUCAUUUUCUGGAUAUCAAUGCACCAUAUCAGCGAGUAUGAAAUAUAUGGCUAUUUGGCGCCUUUAUCUUAGGGACAUCCUCGGCAUCCAUCACAUCACCAUACAUUAUAGAACAGACAACAUGGAAUGGGGACCCAAUAAUGAGAAUGUUGGCAAAUUUCUCGGAUUUUCUGUGUACGUAUCAAACCUGACCCUACUAGAAGACAGAGUUCUGUGUUUUCACGACUUCCACUUUGACAAGUACACCAUUCCAGCGGUAAUAACUUUGAACUGUACUAUGCACGGCAGAUAUAUAGAAUUCCAAAACAACCGGACCAGGAGUAGCUUUCCAGCUGACUAUUCACGCUAUGCUUCCAACGAUCUGUGUGAAUUUGAGGUGUAUGGGUGCUCUUCUCCAUCUGUCUACGGAGAGAACUGUUCAAAUCCGUGUCCUGCUCAAUGUAAGCAUCAUCGCUGUCAUAUAGAGACUGGUCAUUGCUUUGGAUGCAACGACGGAUAUCGGGGAUUAAGAUGUGAACAUCACUGUGCCACAAACAAAUAUGGAACCGAUUGUGCAGAGGACUGUGGGCAUUGUGUAAAUGGACGGAUAUGUAACCCCUUCAACGGGUUCUGUUACGCUGGAUGUGAGAUAGGUUAUUAUGGAAGUCAAUGUAAAAAAGAAUGUAUUAACGGAUCAUAUGGAAAGAAUUGUAACAACACCUGCGGUCAUUGUCACCGAGCAUGUAAUAAAAUAACAGGCGAAUGUCCACAUGGCUGUGAGCCGGGGUAUGAAGGAGUUUUCUGUAACAAAAUUUAA